AUGAGUGUCAAGAAGGCAGGUGUUUUGGGAGCCACUGGCUCUGUGGGUCAAAGGUUCAUUCUCUUGUUGGCCAACCAUCCUGACUUUGAAAUUGCUGCUUUAGGUGCUUCAUCUAGAUCAGCAGGGAAGAAAUAUAUCGAUGCUGUUACCUGGAAACAAACCGAAUUGUUACCAGAAAUUGCCGAAGAUAUUAUUGUUUCCGAAUGUACUGCUGAAAACUUUGCUGAUUGUGACAUUGUUUUCUCGGGUUUAGAUGCCGACUACGCUGGAUCAAUUGAAAAGGCAUUUGUUGAAGCUGGUUUAGCUGUUGUGUCUAAUGCCAAAAACUAUAGAAGAGAAGUCGAUGUUCCUUUGGUUGUUCCUAUAGUCAACCCUGAACAUUUACUGGUUAUUGAGAAGAAGAUUGAAAUUGCUAAGGCUGCUGGAGAAAAGAAACCUGGUUUUAUUAUUUGCAUUUCCAACUGUUCUACUGCAGGACUUGUUGCUCCCUUAAAGCCAUUAGUCGAUUCCUUUGGUCCUUUGGAUGCCUUAACCACUACUACUUUACAAGCUAUCUCUGGAGCUGGGUUUUCUCCUGGUGUUUCCGGAAUCGAUGUUUUGGAUAACAUUGUUCCUUACAUUGGCGGUGAAGAAGAUAAGAUGGAAUGGGAAACCAAAAAGAUUUUGGGUGGUGUUAAUGCUGAAGGUACUGAAUUUAAACCUUUAACUGAUGAUGAACUCAAAGUCUCUGCACAAUGUAAUAGAGUUGCUGUAUCUGAUGGUCACACCGAAUGUAUUUCAUUCAGAUUUGCCAAGAGACCUGCUCCUUCAGUUGAAGAAGUAAAGCAAGUCUUGAGAGAUUAUGUUUGUGAUGCUUCUAAGUUAGGCUGUCACUCUGCUCCAAAGCAAGCCAUUCAUGUUUUAGAGGCCCAAGAUAGACCACAACCAAGAUUAGACAGAAAUAGAGACCGUGGUUAUGGUGUCUCUGUGGGGAGAAUAAGGGCUGAUCCAGUUUUGGACUUUAAAAUGGUAGUGUUGUCUCACAACACUAUUAUUGGGGCUGCUGGGUCUGGUAUCUUGAUUGCCGAAAUCUUGAAGUCUAAGAACAUGAUCUAG